GGGGCCCUGGGACCGGCGAUCAUGACGACACAUUUGCUUAAAAUGCACCACGAACAAGACGAUAGCCUCACGACUCAGACUGUGAGGAAAAGAGCUGGGAAAUUUUUGUGAAUUUAGCUGUCCAAACUUCAGAAUUAUGAGGCGGUUACAGGUGAGAUUUGGGGAAUUUGCAGCAUGUACGUUACUCAAUCAGGCGGCUGCAGGCCCGUAUAUAAGAAUAUCUGGAGGGAAAAUACCUUAGAGUACUGUACCGUCAUGGUCGUCAUCACGGUUUCCUCCCUUUCACCCCUUUACCAUCAACAACGUGACUAUCAGCCGCUUGCUAGCCAUUCAAUUUUCACCACCACCACCACCACCAGAAGGAAAAGAGAUCAACCGUCUUGGAAACACAGUAAUCCUACCGUACCGUACCGUAUCUUGCCGUCACAACAACGUCAAUUCGAUACGUCCAGAUGUAAAGGCGCUAUCCGCACGGCAUCAUCCACAUCCACGUCCACAUCGAGACCAGCAGCUCCAACCAAGGAUUGGAUCCAUUCGUCCAUUUUUUGCUACCCAGUUGUUUUGGUUGUUUUCCCCGUUAUUGAACACCUUGACCACUGCUAUCGUCGUUGUCGUCUUCCGGCAUCUUCCUGGACUUGGGCCUUAGUCUUUAGUCUUCCCCGCCAAAACCUUGACGCUCUGCUCAUUGUUUGAAGAGUUUGGACCGGGGUUGGGUUACGUUUCGUGACCCCCUCCGUCCCGCAAUAUCCCAUCAUUAGAGCUGGCGUCCAGAUCGUGUCUUCGGGUAUGGCCCCAAAUUCAAGCCCAGGCCAAGGCCCAGGUGUCCUAUCCCGUCACCUUGUACCAAGAUCAAGAGGUCUCUUCCGGUAUAAUAUCGUGCCCGUCACCUGCAACGCCUCGCCGGCUCCACUACGCGCUUGUCUCCGCCAGUCACAGCCUCACUCCCCAUCCGUCCCUGUCCCUCUCCAUCCUCGGGUCUGACCCCGGCAAGCGGACGCUAUCUAUCUUGUGGAGGAGCACACCGCGAACCUCACACCCCAGGGCGUACACUAUCAAAUCUCGAGCUGCUCGUGAAGCUUUUAUAAAAGCCAUGAAUGACCCCGUCAAAAGAAGUGCUUCUCUCUAUUCAAAUCAACUUCUCAAAGGUCCAAGCACACAAAUCAAGGCUUCAGGAACCGGUUUAUUCAAGAUGCUUCCCAACAACGUUAACAAGACUUCCCUCCACCCUACCGGUGUUACUCCUCACCAGGAGCACACCGAGCUGGAACAGGAGCUCCACGACAAGGCUCACAUCGAUUAUGACCGUGUCGCCAUUAUUCCCAACCCUUCAGUCGCUGCCCUCUACGAGGAUGCUCUUGUCUACGAGACCGGUACCGCUAUCACCUCCAGCGGUGCCCUGACUGCCUACUCUGGUGCCAAGACUGGUCGAUCCCCUCUUGACAAGCGAAUUGUCGAGGAGGCUUCUUCCAAGGACAACAUCUGGUGGGGACCUGUCAACAAGCCCAUGACUCCUGAGGUCUGGAAGAUCAACCGAGAACGUGCUGUCGAUUACCUCAACACACGAAGCCGUAUCUAUGUCAUCGAUGGUUUCGCCGGCUGGGACGAGAAGUACCGCAUCCGAGUCCGAGUUAUCUGCGCCCGUGCCUACCAUGCUCUCUUCAUGCGAAACAUGCUUAUCCGACCUUCACGAGAGGAGCUCAAGGACUUCCACCCCGACUACACCAUCUACAAUGCCGGCAAGUUCCCCGCCAACAGAUACACUGAGGGUAUGACCUCUGGUACCUCCGUUGCCAUCAACUUCGAGCAGAAGGAGAUGGUCAUCCUCGGUACCGAGUACGCUGGUGAGAUGAAGAAGGGUGUCUUCACUGUCCUCUUCUACGAGAUGCCUAUCAAGCACAACGUCCUCACUCUCCACUCUUCUGCCAACGAGGGCAAGAACGGCGAUGUUACACUCUUCUUCGGUCUCUCUGGAACUGGCAAGACCACUCUCUCCGCCGACCCCAACCGAGCUCUCAUUGGUGACGACGAGCACUGCUGGUCCGACAACGGUGUCUUCAACAUCGAGGGAGGUUGCUACGCUAAGACCAUUGGCCUGUCCGCCGAGAAGGAGCCCGAUAUCUUUGGCGCUAUCCGAUACGGUUCCGUCCUCGAGAACGUCGUCUUCGACCCUCUCACCCGUGAGGUCGACUACGACGAUGCCACCCUCACUGAGAACACCCGAUGUGCCUACCCCAUCGAGUACAUCUCCAACGCCAAGAUUCCUUGCCUGUCUCCCAACUCCCCCUCCAACAUCAUCCUCCUCACAUGCGACGCCCGCGGUGUUCUGCCCCCUAUCUCCAAGCUCGACCGCAACCAGACCAUGUUCCACUUCAUCUCUGGUUACACCUCCAAGAUGGCCGGUACUGAGGACGGCGUCACCGAGCCCCAGGCUACCUUCUCCAGCUGCUUCGCCCAGCCCUUCCUUGCUCUGCACCCCAUGAAGUACGCCAAGAUGCUUGCCGACAAGAUCGAGACUCACAAGGCCAACGCCUGGCUCCUCAACACCGGUUGGGUCGGUGCCGGUUUCGCUCAGGGUGGCAAGCGAUGCCCUCUCAAGUACACUCGUGCCAUUCUCGACGCCAUCCACUCUGGCGAACUUGCCAAUGUCGAGUAUGAGAACUAUGAGGUCUUCAACCUCCAAGUUCCCAAGACCUGCCCCAACGUUCCCUCAGAGCUUCUCAACCCCUCCAAGGCCUGGACCGCUGGCGAGGACAGCUUCAAGACCGAGGUUGUCAAGCUGGGCAAGCUCUUCCGCGAGAACUUCACCAAGUACGAGAGCGAGGCUACCGAGGACGUCGUCAAGGCUGGUCCCGUUGUCUAAGAAGAGGAAGAAUGAGAGUAAAAAAGAACAAAAGGGAAAGCGAUUUUUUUUUGCGAUUGGUCAUGACAAAUUCGAGCAACUGUUUAUCAUCUGGGUCCGGCGUCAUUACAUGGCGGCCAUCAACCGGCUGCCCUCUUCUUUUUUCGUCCAAGGGAUUUCUUAUAUAGCAUGAGAUUGUGUGUAAUGUGAGCAUGAACAAAGCUUUACGAUUUCUGCAAUAGAAAAGCAUUUGCCAUUGAUUUCUGACGUCUAUUUUGCUUGUGA